CCAGUGGGCGGAGAACACUCAUAAAUAUAAGUUGCAUGCAGCGUCUCCCUACAUAAUACAUUAAUUGUUCAAUCUUGUUGCAAAACCGGAAAACAAACACUGACAACAUGGCUGACUGGACAGACGCCGAGAAGAGCACCAUCAGUGCUGUUUGGGGCAAAGUAGAUAUCAAUGAGGUCGGACCAUUGGCUCUGGGAAGAGUCCUGAUCGUCUACCCCUGGACUCAGCGUUAUUUCGGCUCUUUCGGAGAUGUGUCCACUGCCGCAGCAAUCAUGGGCAACCCCAAAGUUGCUGCUCACGGCAGGGUCGUGUGUGGAGCUCUGGAUAAAGCUGUGAAGAACAUGGGCAACAUCUUGGCCACAUACAAGUCACUGAGCGAGACCCACGCCAACAAACUCUUCGUCGACCCUGAAAAUUUCAGGGUGUUGGCUGACGUCCUCACAAUUGUCAUUGCCGCCAAAUUAGGAGCCGCUUUCACUCCUGAAAUCCAGGCAACCUGGCAGAAGUUCAUGAAAGUCGUUGUCGCAGCCAUGGGCAGUCGGUACUUCUAAAUGUACACCAGACAAGUGAUUAUGUUCUGACAUCCCUGCCUGAGUGAAAAUAAAGACAUCGAAACAA